AUGGCCCAUGGGUGUGCAGGGAGCCCCGCUGACGGUGCACCACCGGCCAAGCCGAGCGGCAUCGACGUAGCACGUGCUGUCCGCGAGGAGCUGCUGACGCCCGAGUUCUUCGCGAAGCACUGGGAGCGCGCGCCGCUGCACUGGAGCGCCCGAGAGCGCGGCCGGGGUGCCAACAGGCUGCCAGAGGCCAUCUCCGUCGAUGAUAUCGUCGCCCUCAUUAGGAGGUCUGGCCCGAACCUGAAGAUGUUCAGACAGGGUGACCCGUACGACUCGGACAGCUUCCCAGAGGCCUACCUCGAUGGAGCCUCCAUGAUAGUCAACCAGGCCGACCGGUUCAACACCACCCUGUACGAGAUGUCCCGCUCGCUUGCGGAGAGCCACUUCAUGCACGUGUUCAGCGUGGUCUACCUCACGCCGCCUGGGUCGCAGGCUGUGAGGCUCCACAACGACGACCAGGACGUGUUUCUGCUGCAGGUCCUCGGCAAGAAGCGCUGGACCGUCCGGGAGGCUCCCAAGAUGCUCCCCUACACGGAGGAGAUGCUCGGCAAAGACGCCCCGGUGCCCGAGGAGCUGAUCGGGCCCGCCAUCAUGGCGUUCACGAUGGAGGCCGGAGACAUCCUGUACAUACCCCGCGGGUGCCUGCACGAGGCCGCCACGGGCGAGGCUGAGCCAUCGCUGCACGUCACGGUCACGGUCCCCACCAGCGACUAUUGCUGGGGCGUGCACCUGGUGAGGCAGCUGGCGCGGCAGCUAGGCGGGGGCGAGCCAGGCGCAGGUCGCGGGGGCGGCCCAGGGCCGCGCGGCGGCGCUGCCUGGGGCAGGCUUGACGACGCUACCCUGGACGCGCACGUGCAGGGCGCGGUGAAGGGCUGGCUCUCCAACGUGGGAGUCGACUGUGUUCUCGACGAGUUCGACGAGAGGAUCGGCAGGACGAACGAGGGUCAGGCGAGGCAGCGCGGUGCGGCCGCGGAGCUGAGGCUGCGGCCGUGGGUGACGGAAGCCUCCCGGGUGAGGCUCAUGCCGGGCACGACCUGCCGGGUCGGCAGCAACGACAGUUCUGCGAUCUUCGCCAGGGUCGAGGGCGAGGAGGACCAGCGGCUGGAAGUGCCCAUCCCGCGGUCCGCGGCCGCGCUGGUGCGCAGCCUGUCUGGCAGCCUGAGGUGGGUUUCCGAAUUGCCGUGCCAGGAUCCCAUCCAGAGGAUCUUUGUGCUGCAGAUGCUGCAGCAGCAGGGCGUGCUGCAGCUCUUCCUGCGUGGCCCCGAGGAGAGGGCGUUUUCGCUCGGCGAGUCCUGA